AUGGCUGCUAGUCCCAAAAGAGCUCAGCUAUCUGAUGAAGAAGGGCCUUCAAUACUUGCCACACUCAAAGAAUCUGGCUGGACUUUGGCAUUUGGAUGUAUGACUAGAAUAGCAAUAAAGGCAGAUAAAAUGGAUCAUCACCCAGAAUGGUUCAAUGUUUAUAACAAGGUACAAAUUACUCUGAGCACCCAUGAUGUCGGAGGCUUGUCUCACAGGGAUGUUACGCUUGCUAAUUUCAUUGAAGAAGUGGCAAAAUGA